AUGUCGAGAGGUGGCAGAGGAGGUUUUGGAGGGCGUGGAGGGUUUGGGGGUGCAUCUAAUAUGCCCCCAAUGGGGCUAUCCUUUGCAGACAUCCAGUCUAUUUCGAGAGAACCGACUGCUCUUUACCCGCCCAUUGACCCUCUGCCGUUGUUAUCCUCGAUUACCGACGAUGAGCGGGAGGCCAUUGCUCUUCAAGAAGGUGUAGCCAUGAGAUUAAGAGCGUCACCGUAUUACAUCGUCGAACCACAAAAGAAAGAGGAACAGACGAGAUACUCGGACAAGUUCCUUAAAUCUACAGUACCGAUUAAGCUCCAAGCUAAAGACCUUAACCCGGCGUUCUUCCCGCCCGACCUCUGGGACGCCUACUUUAACCCCAAAAAGCGCAAAGCCAAGAAGGCGAAAGAGCGUGCUCGGUUGAAUUUGGAUAAUCUGGAAGCAAACGAAAAGGAUGAUGAGGAAGGUUCAGAGAAAGCUUCGGGCGCCGGAUCGGAUGAAGAAAACCAAGAGGACUAUGAUGACGAGAAUGAGGACGAGAAUGACUAUGCAGAUAAUUACUUUGACAAUGGAGAGGACGAAGAUUAUGGUGAUGACGGCGGAGAUGAUGGGGGAGGAACCUACGAUUGA